AUGUUCGACACCAUGUUCAAAACAGGCAUAAAAAGUGCCUACAGCAUAUCGGACUCGGGAUCUUUCACGGCCGGUGGUUGGAAGGUCUAUCAAGCCAAGCAUAGACAGUCGGGCAAGAGGGUCUCUGCAUUUAUCUUCGACAAGGCCAAGUUCGAGUCGCAGAUCCGAGCGUUGUGCUCUCAAUCUUCAUCUGCUGGUAAUUCGAAGCUCAUUAUUGAAGAUACUUAUCGUAUACUCAAGACAGAAGUCUCACAAUUGACUAGACUAAAGCAUCCUCAGCUCUUGGCCGUUGUUGAAGCACUAGAAGAAUCCAAGCUGAAAUUCACUUUUGUAACUGAGCAAGUGAGUUCGACUUUACUCCACUCCGCUGUCUCCCAUGAGGAGAAGGCUUAUUUCGUAAAAGGGCUCUAUGAAAUCAGCAAGGGAUUGCAAUUUCUCCAUGUUAACUGUCUGACUGUACACUUGGAUUUGCAGCCAGCCUCGGUAUUCAUUAAUGAUGAGGGUGAUUGGAAAUUGGGUGGCUUUAAGUUUUUGCAACAAUUAGAAGCUGGUGCUCUGACUGCCAGUUUUUACAUAAACGCUAGUUCUAUUGUUCACUUCGCUAAUUACAAUUUCGACUUCGUCGCCCCUGAACUCAUUCUUGAAGGAUUCAGUCAAAAGCUCUCGUUGGCGAACGAUAUGUGGUCCUUGGGAAUGCUUGUUUUUUGGAUCUAUAAUGGAGGUGAACAACUAUUCAAUUGUCUCGACAAAGUUAGUAUCUCUGAUUACAAGGCUGAAUACAGAAGUUUCGAGCGGAAAUUUCGUGGCGCCCAGAUUGACAGCCUACAGUAUUUGUUCAAGGAGGUACCAAAGUCAAUGUACCACAACCUAGCUUCGCUCCUAGCCCUUGAUCCGCGAGAGCGUAUGUCAAUUGACUCCUUCCUUAACCUGGACAUAUUCCAAGGGAGCUUUUUGAAAGUCAUGGUCUCUUUUGAUGAGUUUUCGGCCAAGCUGAUACUUGAGAAGAACACAUUCAUCACAGAACUCCUCAACGACAAAACUCUUAUUGAGGUUCUCCCAAGUGCAAUAAUUAACACAAAAUUGAUUCCAAUCAUUGUCAACACCAUUAUCAGUGAAUUGGGCAUUUUAAAAGAUGGUACUAACGAUUCUGAGCGAAUUCAAUUGAUUGCUAGUGCAUUGAACCUUGUUCUCACCUUAGGAAAAGUCCUCUCGGCAAAAUCAUUCCUGGAUCGAAUUUACACCCCUUUGUUGAAGUCUUCUAAGGAUUCGACUAAGGGGGUUUUCGCAAAAUUGAUCAGUUGUUCAGCAUCUGUUCGCUUGUCACUUGUUUCAAACUUUGAUACUCUAAUCGAGAAAUUACCUGAGAAAAAUGUGACUGCUAUCUUCAAACAAAUUGCUGAAAAUUGUUUAGAUGUGCCUUCAAAUCAAAGGGAAAUAGAUGAUGACCAGGUGCUGUUACAGAACGAAUUUUUGCUGAAAAUUCCUCGUGUUGCGGGCAACUUUGACUACACCUACACCAAAGGCACUUUGAUCCCACUCGUGUGUAAGGUGUUCAAGACCACAACAGUCCUCUCGACAAAAUUGAGUUCCAUUAGUACAUUCGAGGCACUUGUCAAGCAGAGUGUAUUGGAUCGAGAAUUAUGCAUAGAAUUGGUUUUGCCUCUCUUCGCAAAUCUUAAAAGUCGAAACAAAAGCAUUAUUGAUGCCGUUCUCUCGUUUUUCCAGACUCUUGUAUUUCUGUCGAAGGUGAAUUUGGAUGUUGAGGGAACCAUCAAUAAUAUUCUCUGCGAGGUAUUGCGAUUGGUUUUCAGUUGUAACGAUUGUAAUCAAGCCGAAUUCAAGGCAUUUCUCAAAACAAUUGAUAAAAUCCAAUCGCAUACUGUGGAGCGUAAGUUGAGCAGUUUGAAGGCCGCUGAUCACCUGGUUUCAACUUCCACUACCGCUGGCAAAUCUCUGGUUUCACCAACUCAGACCUCAUACAUUACUCCUUCCCAAGGAGGUCAAGCUAAUUUAUCUGGCAGUUCACUCAAGCCCAGUUCUAGAAAUGAUCAGAUAUCAAAACCUGUUCUAACGACUUCAAAUACGGCGGUCCAACCACAGCAACAAAACAAAUCUGACACAAGUAUUGAUUGGACACUGGCCCAAAAACCGCGCGUGGCUAUGAAACUAGGCACAGAGAAACAUGUACUGAGCCCUAGCUUUGUACCUCUCCAACCUCAAACUCAAAAGAAGAAUCCUCCAGGAUUUUCCACAUAUCUGGUCUUGACUCCCAAGAGAAACUAA